AACAAUGGCAAACCGUAGUCUGUUUUGGUAGGAGAUACCUGAUUGGGAGCUAGGCGAGCCGAAAGCUUAGUUGUUGUAUUCACGUCUUCUUUCUUUUUUUUAUUUUGCGACUGUAAACUCAAUGAAGAGUAUUAGUUUAUCGCUGUAUUUUUGAACUCAGCAUUAUUUUUGAAAAUGUGCGAGGCGCUGUCGGCAAGCUCACACAGUCCGUGCAUGUGUGUUCCUGCUGCUCCUCUGCUGGGCUACAGCUACUAACCUAGCUGCUUUUCACUCGGUGGGCAGCUAGCGUUAGCCUGGCCGCGUUUAUUGACUUGAGGUGAAAAACAUAAGCGAAUGUAAAGCGUGUGGGUCCGAUCUGUUUUAUGACAACUGCCACAGACUAUUUAAGAAUCAUUGCUGACGGGGUCGUAAAGAAGUGUUGUAUGUUUUGUCGCAGAAAAUACUUUGCUGGCUAGCUAACAGGCUAGCUAUUUGUGUGUAUUCUUCGACUGAGGAAAACGGCGAGUUUUCUUUGAAAGUAUGGAUGACCAGACCAGGAUGAUGACGGGUCUCACCGGACUCGGUGGACUACCACAAGCCGAUGUCGGCGACCCAGACUCGGUGAGGAAACAGCAAUCUCUCGGGCAACCUCAGCAAGACAUAGGGGAUAUCCUACAGCAAAUAAUGGCUAUCACCGACGAAAGCCUGGACGAAGCACAGGCCAGAUGCUGGCCAGAGGAAUCGCCGGCGCAUUGGGGUGGAUCAGACGACCCCACAGAGGGAGGGAGAGCAGGGGGGGGCAUGGCAGGGGGUGGCCUGCCACUCAACUUCCAGCACAGGAAGCAUGCCCUGAACUGUCACAGAAUGAAACCAGCCCUCUUCAGCGUUCUCUGCGAGAUCAAAGAGAAAACUGUUCUGAGUAUACGAGGUGUGCAGGAGGAGGACCCCCCAGAUCCCCAGAUCAUGCGCUUGGACAACAUGCUGCUAGCAGAAGGUGUGUCAGGACCAGAGAAGGGAGGAGGGUCAGCUGCAGCAGCUGCAGCUGCAGCAGCAGCGGGGGGCUCACCCACCGACAGCAGCAUCGAACACUCUGACUACAGAGCCAAGCUCGCUCAGAUCCGCCAGAUCUAUCACUCUGAGCUGGAGAAGUAUGAACAGGCCUGUAGUGAGUUCACCAACCAUGUAAUGAACCUGCUGAGAGAGCAGUCUCGCACACGACCCAUCUCUCCCAAGGAGAUUGAGCGCAUGGUUGCUAUUAUCCACCGCAAGUUCAGUUCAAUUCAGAUGCAGCUCAAACAGAGCACCUGUGAGGCUGUCAUGAUUCUACGCUCACGCUUCCUCGAUGCCAGACGUAAGAGGCGCAACUUUAACAAGCAAGCUACGGAGGUGCUGAACGAGUAUUUCUACUCCCACCUGUCCAACCCCUACCCUAGUGAAGAAGCCAAGGAGGAACUGGCCAAGAAGUGUGGAAUCACUGUGUCUCAGGUCUCUAAUUGGUUUGGCAACAAGAGAAUACGUUACAAGAAGAACAUCGGCAAGUUCCAGGAGGAAGCAAACCUCUACGCGGUUAAAACAGCGGUGGAUGCUGCCAACGUAUCUGCGCAAGCUAGCCAGGCUAACUCCCCAGCAACACCCAACUCAGGUGGAUACCCUGCACCGUGCUACACACCUGACGGGCGGCUAUGAGGAGCUGUCAGGUAGCGGCCUCUACACCCCUCAUCGCCUGGAUGCUAACAGCUGGCAGGACACCACCAACCCCCACUCGGUCACCUCUCCUCCUGGUCCUCCUGGCAGCGUCCACUCCGACACCUCCAACUGAUCCUGUGGCUUUCACUGCCAUGACACCAUUCUGACGGCGGUCUGAGUUGACUACCAUCCUCUGUCCUCAUUUCCACUGUUCCCUCCUCCUCAACUAGACAUCCACACAAGGCUGCACUCUCAUUUCAUAAAACACAGACUGCGCUGGACCACAACACAGCCAGUUGUCAGGAGAUAAUCUGCCUCCACCUCACAGCUCCACUUCAAUGCUAGAAGCUCCCUAACUCAGAGUAAAAGAGUGAUGGAGCUUUUUGAUGCUGAGACGGACUGAAAUCAACUCCAAGUACUUUUUGAGAACCACUGACCCAGCUGUGUAGAUGAUCAUGAUGUCUGUACAUUAUGUGUAUAUGCACGAUAACUUCACACAGUACUCACACAGCUUGUCAUUUGCUGUUGACCUCUGCACUCGACCCUUUGCUUUGGAAAACUGUGUGUGAUUGACUGUAUCUCUUGAAGCUUUGGCAUUUGACAGUCAAACUGUUGAUACAGACCACCAGGGAGCUCUGCUCAACUUGCUCGUACCAAAGUGCUACCCCAGUCGUUGUCAACACAUCUGUUUCUCCAAGAUCAACCGCUCCCUUUUCAACACAAGACGCUGUUUUAUCUUCCAGUCUUAUAGCUUGAUGUUUCAUUCAGUUAAAGAUUUCUAAGAGAACAGUUGGGAUAUGCACAAAUGUGCAUGCACACUUCUUUCAUACCACACACUAAACUUUUCAGUGGUUUUCAUAGUGAGCUGACAUAACCGUGUCAAGCACAACAGUUAGCAUCCUCGUUAUGGGUGUCUCUACCUGUCAAAGGGUAGUAAAGGGGAUCACUGUUCUAAACAGACAGGGCAUGUAAUAAUAGGGCUGGUGGAUAGAGGAGGAAUGGGCAGAGAGGAGAAUAUAUUUGGUUGAGUGGCUGUAACAGUAGCCCUUUUUUGUUGCUAACCAAUAGAGGGUGUUGGUAGAUGGCUUGUAGACUUAACUUCUUGCUUUCUGUCCACUAGUUUAUUUGAUUGUAGUCUAUUUUCUAAUGCUGUUUCACCAAGAAUGCACCAGCCACCACCAAAAACGAGCUCAAUAAAGCAUCUAAAUAACUUUGGGAAGAAAAGGGUGGAACGAUUGUGGGGCAUUGAUGUGUUAUUGGGACAAACGUGAUAUGAAUAUAGAAACGUGACUGUCUUCCAUGCAUGUAGGACGUCUAGGCGUGAUAUUAUUGUUUUCAUUUAACCUUCCAAGUUUUUAGCUUUGUUUUUAUUAACAAAAAAUAAAGGGUAUAAUUAUUACAGUCAGACCAAAAAGGAAAAAGUGCAUCAUUUAUUACUAUGAUGUGUGUGUCUCUGUGUGGGCGUGUGUACAGUGUUCUUGGGAUGCCCUAGUCAAACUGGCUGGUGCCCUUUGACCUUUGUAAGCAUUAGAAGAGACUGGGUGCUUCCACCAGCCAGUGACACACCAGGUGGGGUUCAACUAAGAUCUCCUCCCCAUCCUGAAACAUUUAAGCCUGUGAGCCCAAGGCAACACACUACAACCUUCUGUUGUAUCAAAACCAAAAAUACCACGUUCAGCAAUGUAAUAAUGCUACUCUAUGUCUCUCUGAAGUUGGUGCACAGCCACAUUUUCAGCUGAGGAGAGGAGGGAAUUAUGUAUCUGUGUCUCUGUGUGGUGUUGUCAUGCCUCAAGUUGAUUUGAUUUUUGUUUUUUUUUUCUUGUUGGGUGCCAUGGGAGGGUGGGCAGAGUAAGGACUCAUCAAAUCUGUAUUUUGAUUUUGAGCAUAGACGAGUAUGCUCUCACCUUUUUUCAUCCUUUAAUACCUUCUGAUAAAACCGUGACUAUUUUGUUUUGUUGCCAAUUGGGCAAGGGCUUCUCUCUCUCCUCUGUUACCAAAAAAGAGGCAGCACUGGGUGAUGUAAACUUGUGUUUAAGACAAACCUGCAACAUUUUUGGGUAUUUUCAUUCAAUGGAACUAUUUUAUACAUUAACUGUUAUGUGAAUAACAAAGCAUUUUUGAUAGUAAGGUGAAGCCUUAUGAAAAUGUGUCAGUCAGAACUUUGUUGAACCAUGUUACAGAACAAAACUUGAGCUUGUCAGUUGGCCAUAUGUGCUAUCACACACCUAAUUACUUGUUUUGUUACUCAUCGCAGUUCAUACGAGUGUAUCUUAUAAAUAACGUUAUCACCACACCAAAUUAUCAUCCUUCCCCCUUUUCUACCUGUUGUAAUGGAUGUCACUGUACAGUUUGUGUAAUGUUUCAGUAUUUUUUCUUUUAUAAACUUUAACGUUUGGUUGAGAUGCCAGUUUUCUUUGGCCUCUGUGUCACAGGAUUCACAGUAACUAUCAAUUUUGGAUAUUAUUUAGGUUUUUUGUUACAUAACCUGGAGGCGAUAAAGGGUUUACAGGUGUUACAUUUGGUGCUGUGGGAAAAAAUUAACUCCCCUGGUUACUCAUACUUGCCCAGAUAUUCAACUAUUUGUCCUUAUUGAUGUUUUUCCUACCUGUGCAUAUUUUUGAUUUAUUGAGUGAUUUCUGUCAGUGGAGAGGGGGAGACAGCUCUGUAAAAAUGAGCAGAUAUUAUUUGUGAUAGUUCAAAGAUAAUACUGGAAGAUUAUUAACAUUUGCAUUUGAUUCGAGGAAGUGAAUCCUUGUUUUUUGUUUGAGGUUUUUAAAUAACUGCUACAUGUAGAUCUUUUGUCCUGUGAAAAAGCCCCGACCUUUAUGCACCUCUUAUGUCAGCAAUUAAUGUUUGGCAAACAGAGAAGCCUAAACUCAUUGGCAUUUAGUGAUAAAUUAUGUCAUCCCCUUUAGUUUUUGAAAAGAUUUACCAUAUCAUCUACCCUUUAUGAUGCUUAAACUUUUUGAUUCAGCAAGUGACAGAAUAAUUUCCACAGCACCAAAUGGCUUCUUAAACCAUUUUGAUUCCUUUUUUUAUUAGUAUAUUUGUAUCUCCCUUCUUUCCCUUGUAUUUACCCCUCCUUCUACCUCUGUCUUUCCAUUUCUCUUGUAUAUAACCCCCACUGUUUUCAGACUUGUGAGUCUGUAUGAACUCCUUUUAUACCUCAACUUUAGAAUUGUUCUAGAAAGAGUAAAACAAAAGGAAGAAUAUGACAAAUUGUAGUGUUCUUAUUAGAAAAUUAAUAAAAUGAUUUAGUGUGAUUUUUCAGUAUUUGAUUUCAGAUUUUAGAAGUGUUUCAUUUUCUAAUUUGUCACAAAUGCUCUUGUGAUAGUCAAAUGUAAUAAAAGGAGAGAUUGCACCA